AUGAGCUUCAGUGAGAUCAACGUUGGACCGGUUACAUUAAUCUCAACUGUUAUUGCGCUGUACCGUAACUGGGUUACGUUACUGGCCCGGGCCAAAUUACAAGACCUACUUACAGGUGCGUUAGCAAUUUGUGUUGCAGGUUUUUUUUUUGGUAGCAAGAUUCUCCGUUAUCGGCGAUCUUCCUUGCUGAAUCAACCUAUAGGUCACCUCACCAUCAUGGACGAUGAUGAUGUGACCACCUGGUUGCAUCAUCAACUCGAUCGACAAACUCCAACCCUCAACCCCAACCGAUGGUCAAACGAGUCAGAUGUAUUCAAUAAUACCGUGGUGAGUCACAUCGUCCCCAACCCGCCCGAAAGGUCCAAGCGAAGUGGUAUCAAGCAAAAGAAGGCUGUCAGCCAGGAGAAGACCUCCCUUCCUCAAUCAAAAGGAAAGAAAGCUGUAUCCACCGCAUCCACGGCCACCGCUGCCUCAGGACCAUCAAACCGACAACAUAGCGUCGCUCCCUUGGUAUCAAGCCAUGCUCCUUCCGCCAACCUGCUCCAAGACUCUGACGACAAGAACGCCAGGAUCCGUAACAAGAAAAAGAAACCCAAAGGCGCCCUGGAACUAAAGGACAAAGUACAUGAUGAUGUUGGUUUAUACUUUGGAGAACCAACAUGUGGUGAAGAAGAUUGA